AUGCCGCCAUUCGAGUUUCGAGGCAACGGCAGAGGCCCCGACCGUCGGUCACAUCCCAGACAGAAUUUCACCUUCCGCUACCCACGCCCUCACAUUUCCGAACGCCCGUUGUUAUCGUCCCAACCAGGGUCCAUCAGCGAACAGUUUGUCGGAGAGCAGGAGAAGCAAGCACCCAAAUUCACAUCAUGGGAGGACCUGAGUGACAGCGAAGAGGCAGAAAUGGACCUGUCCACCGACGAAGACGCGGAGGAAACAUCGCGGCCUCGCAAGAAGCUCGCUCUCGGUCUCGACGGUGCUGAAUCCCCUGUGCCUGCACCGCCUGCACCCAAAUGGUCGAAUCCGGACCCGUACACGGCCUUGCCGCCUCCUGACGAGAGUCGAGAGAAGAGGGUGGAUGUGGUCAAGUUGAUUCGCAAGGCGAAAAUCGCUGCCAGCGCGACCAAACCCGAUGUCACCAACGAGGUGACCACGAACCAGGACUUCAUCUCUUUCGGUGCCAUGGGCAUUGAUGACGAGCCGCCAAACAAUGCUCCAGAGAACGCGCCAAGGGGGCCUAAGGGGAUGGAUAUGAGAGAGUCCGCGUUGGCGGGUCGGAAACGCACCCGCGACGACGAGGUCAAGGGCUACUCUAAAAAGACUGGGAAACCCGCGAGCAAAUUCUACUAUGACGCCUCCAUACUAGACCAGUGGAGGGCACUGCCUCAGCAGACCCCUGUGCCCUGGAUGGAGCACACGGCUCCUGCGAUGAAUAUGGGGACAAGAUUGCACAACGAAAUUAUCAGCUUUUACCACUGGGCCAAACCGCAAAAAUUUGAGCAGAUUGUUCGCGCAGACCUGAUCGCGCGGCUUCAAAGUGCAUUCCAAAACAGAUACCGCGGUGUACAAAUCCGAGCAUUCGGGUCGUUUGCUUCGGGACUGUACUUGCCCACGGCAGAUGUUGAUCUUGUCCUUCUGUCGACCUCCUUCAUGAGCAGUGGACGAAAGACUUUCGGCGAGAGAAAAGGGCAGAUUUACGCAUUUUCAGGCUUCCUGAAGAACCUGAACAUCGUGGUCCCCAAUUCGAUUGAGGUCAUUGCGCAUGCUCGAGUGCCGAUUCUCAAGUUCGUGGACAAGCUGACUGGACUGCGGGUCGAUUUGUCCUUUGACAAUGAUAGCGGUCUGGUUGCGAACGAAACCUUUCAGAUGUGGAAAGCCGAGUAUCCGGUGAUGCCCGUGGUGAUCUCGAUUGUCAAGCAGUUCUUGCUGCUUCGCGGUCUCAAUGAAGUGCCGACGGGCGGUUUGGGAGGGUUCUCCAUCACCUGUCUGGUUGUCAGUCUCCUUCAGCAUAUGCCGCACGGCCAUGUCCAGCAAAACCUUGGCAAUAUCCUGAUGGACUUUUUCAAUUUCUACGGGAAUAUUUUCAAUUAUGAGCGGAUGGGUAUCAGCAUGAACCCACCCGGCUACUUCAACAAGCGUGUUUUUCAAGACAAAAACGAUCGCCUGACAAUCGAGGACCCCAACAACCGGGACAAUGAUAUCUCAGGUGGGACCAAAGAGAUUGCCUUGAUCUUGCGGGCCUUCUCGAAAGCACACGACGUCAUGAAAAACGCGAUGAUUGACAUGUCCAUGACUGGUGCAUCCCACACAAGCAUCUUGCAAUACAUUAUCGGGGCAAACUACGACGAGUACACGGAACAGCGAUUCCAGCUGCGUCAAGUCUUCGAAACAUGUGACCGGUUUGACCAUCAUCGGUCCCCGCCCCCGCCACCUCCGGGCCUCCCUCCUCCUGAUAGGGAGGCUCCUCCCCCUCCACCAGAGCCUUCUCAAAGACCGUCUGCUGAUAAAAGCGUCCCGAAUGGACCGAAGGCAAAACAAACCAAUCAGCAGAAACAAGGUGUGCAAAAUGGUGCUGGUAAACAGGCUCCUGUCAAGGUCACUCCCUCAGCGCCAACACCAGCGCCACAGACGAAGCUACCCUCGAAGGGGAAACAAAGUAGUGAACAGAAACAGGGUGCUCAGAAUGGUGCUGGUAAACAGGCUCCUGUCAAGGUCGCUCCUUCAGCACCUGCACCAGCGCCAAAAAUGAAGCCUUCCAAGCCAUCCAACCAGCAAAAGCAAACCAUCCAGACGAAUGGUGCUCCUGACCCAGCCCCAGCCCCCGCUUCAAAAGAAACAUCUUCAGCGGAAGCGGAGAGUGGCUCUGAGCAGGAUCCCUCUGCCCUCCCGAUGACAGCGAAAGCCAAAGCGACUUAUCGCAGAAACGUGAAAUGUCAGGAGCGUGCCGAUCGGCUGCGACGUCUGCGACCAGAUCUGAAGGUCAGGGCCAGUGUCAGUCUCAGACAGGCCCGUCUUCUUGCUGGGUACAAAGACAACAAGGAGAUGGAGAUGGACCUAGACGAACGGGAGAAACAGAUGGCUCCUGCGCCGAGCUCUGCAUGA